AUGGAUCAUGGAGCACACCAGAACCCCACUUGUGUACCAUGCAGUGCUCAGUCCUCUAUACCAGACGGCCAUCUAUCGCUGACUACAGAUGGUGCCACCACCAUCGCCCAGUAUAUGUGUGGUGUUGGCUUCACAUUGCAAGGGGCAGCAACUCUGGCUUGUAUGGGCAACGGAAGCUGGAGCAUGCAGCAACCUCAGUGUGUGUCAUGCCCAACCUUGAGUGACAUUUACAACGGAGGGUUUUCCCUGACGACCAAUGGUAGUGUAACCAUGGCAAUGUACAGCUGUGACAGUGGCUAUACACUGGUGGUAGGAGCAGCCCUGUCAUGUGGAGCUAGUGGGGCUUGGAGUGGACCUGCCCCCACCUGUGUGUGCUCCACAUUUGCCCAGCCUGAAAAUGGUGCCAUACAGAUAUCAUCCAAUGGUAGCAUGGCUGUGUACACAUGUGGGCAAGGAUAUACUCUGAAAGGAGGGAACCAGCAGGAGUGUGGAACCGUGGCAAGUCAGCUUGUGGGCAACACCCCACCAACAUGCGUUGCCUGUGCCAUGUUGAACAGUACAGUGAGCUAUGUGUUGAGCACAGAUGGUUCUACGACCAUUGCUACCUUCCAAUGUGGGGACAACUAUACCAUGGUUGGACAGCGGUCUUCACAGUGUAGGAGUGAUGGCACUUGGUCUAAUACCCCACCCACUUGUGUGACCUGCCCAGCACUGACCUUCACCACCGGUCUCCAGGUGACCAGAGUGUCCGAAGCUGACCGCAGUGUGGCCCACUUCUCCUGCAAGGGAGGUUACUCACUGCUAGGGGCAGCAACUUUGACUUGUCUCACUGACAGAACCUGGGAUGCUGUACAACCUACUUGCGUUAAAUGUCCUGGUUUGACCAAUCCUUCCAGUGGAGUUGUUAACAUGACAACAGAUGGCUUGACCUCCAUAGCAACAUACACCUGUUCCCAUGGUUACCAUCUAGAGGGAGACAACCAGCUCAUGUGUAACACUUCAGGACAAUGGGAGGGAACUGUUCCCAUCUGCAAGUGCGAUCCUCCUGCUGAAAUAGCCAAUGGUUCCUAUGUGAUGUCAUCCAAUGGUGGACAUGUGACCUACUCAUGUGACCAGGGAUACACUGUGGCUGGUUCCCAAUCUAGGACCUGUGCAAGUAAUGGAACCGGCUGGUCCAACAGUGAACCCUCAUGUGUGAGAUGUGACGAUUUUAGCCCCCCUGCUGGUGUAACAACAAGUACAGUGACAGAUGGGUCAGAGACGAAGCUACUAUUUACAUGUGGCCUAUUGUACAGUCUUGGAGGGACUGCAGUUGCAAGAUGUCUUCCAAAUGGCACCUGGGACAUACCUGCAACUCCAAUGUGUGUGUCAUGUGAGCCAUUAACCAACGUGACCAAUGGAAUGAUGUCAUAUACCACUAAUGGUACAAGUACUGCAGUAUCCAUUGAGUGUGGUACUGGUUUUACCCUCAGUGGAAAACUCGAGCUGGAAUGUGGAGCAGACGGCACUUGGAGCUCACAGCUGCCUUACUGUGUGUCUUGCCCAACAAUGAGUGACAUUCUCAAUGGAAAGAUUGCCAUGACCACCAAUGGUAGUGUCACCAUGGCAAUCUACAGCUGUGAGAGGGGUUAUACACUGGUGGGAAGUGCAGCCUUGUCAUGUAGAGCUACUGGGACAUGGAGUGGACCUGCACCCACAUGUGUGUGCUCCACUUUUGCCCAGCCUGCGAAUGGUGCAGUGCAGAUAUCAUCCAACGGUAGUGUGGCCUUGUACACGUGUGGGGAAGGAUACACGUUGAAGGGAGGGAACCAGCAGGAAUGUGGAACCGUUGCAAGUCAGCUAGUUGGGAACACUCCACCAACAUGUGUUGCCUGUGCCAUGUUGAACAGUACAACAAACUAUGUGUUGAGCACAAAUGGUUCUACAACCAGCGCUAUCUUCCAAUGUGGGGCCAACUACACCAUGGUUGGACAGAGUUCUUCACAGUGUAGGAGUGAUGGCACUUGGUCUAAUACCCCACCCACUUGUGUGACCUGCCCAGCACUGACCAUCACCACUGGUCUCCAGGUGACCAGAGUGUCCGAAGCUUACCGAAGUGUGGCCCACUUCUCCUGCAAGGGAGGCUACACACUGCUAGGGGCAGCAACUCUGACUUGUCUCACUGACAGGACCUGGGAUGCUGUACAACCUGCUUGUGUGAAAUGUCCUGGUUUGACCAAUCCUACCAGUGGAGCGGUCAACAUGACAACAGAUGGCUUGACCUCCAUAGCAACAUACACUUGUUCCCACGGUUACCAUCUAGAGGGAGACAACCAGCUCAUGUGUAACACUUCAGGACAAUGGGAGGGAACUGUUCCUGUCUGCAAGUGCGAUCUUCCUGCUAGAAUAGCCAAUGGUUCCUAUGUGAUGUCAUCCAAUGGUGGUCAUGUGACCUACUCAUGUGACCAGGAAAACACUAUGGCUGGUUCCCAAUCUAGGAUCUGUGCAAGUGAUGGAACUGGCUGGUCAGACAGUGAACCCUCAUGUGUGAGAUGUGAAAAUUUUAGUCCCCCUGCUGGUGUAACAACAAGUACAGUGACAAAUGGUUCAAUGACACAAAUACUAUUUACAUGCGGAAUAGCAUUCAGUCUUGGAGGGACUGCAGUUGCAAGAUGUCUUCCAAACGGCACCUGGGACAUACCGGCUACUCCAAAGUGUGUGUCAUGUGAGCCAUUAACCAACGUUACCAAUGGAAUGAUGUCAUAUACCACUAACGGUACAAGUACUUCAGUGUCCAUUGAGUGUGGUACUGGUUUUACCCUCAGUGGAAAACUCGAGCUGGAAUGUGGAGCAGACGGCACUUGGAGCUCACAGCUACCUCAGUGUGGUAACCAUGGAAAUAGUUUCUCAUAAAUAAUACCAUAUUGUAAUAUAUGCAGUUCAGAUGUUGUUGUUUUAUCUAAGUUUUAAUUGACUUGUUUGUUUAAAUAGUUACCCUUCAAGUGUACAACUUUGAUUCUUGUCCUGUUACAUCACUUCCAUAACAUAUU